UCGUUGCUACCGUCGUCAUUAUAGCCACCACCGUUUGCCAAUUUGGUUCGAUUCACCUCGUCAGAUUUUGGUCUCAGUCAGUCAGUCGUGCACCGUUCAGCUCGGGACUUGUGAAUCGCUGGUCGGUUGACCAAAAUCUAAAAAAAGCCACAAAAGUGCGGAACAAUCACGGUAUACAUACAUACAGAUCAACCUUUAAAUAGUGCAGCUGAAUAUUGAAUUUGAGUGCUGAAUUUAGUACAGCAAUCAGUUGAUUUGAUUCCCGUUCCCGUCGUACAACUUUAAACUUAAUAUCAGUGUGUGUGUAUGUGAUGGCGUUUUUGCGUUCCAUUUGUGCUCAACGUGCCACAUCGAAUUUGGUUUACAGUCGCAAUAAAAGUAAUCGGAGCACCGCAUCUGUGUGGAGAUCAAGUGGUGAGGCAACCGCCACAGCAUCGAUAUCGACAUCGGCAACGUUAGGAUCAACGAACCAGCAAGAGGCACGUCAUGUAACUGAUCGUAAAGCAAACGAUCUCAAAUACACAGCGGCAUCACAGUGUCAGUUAAGUCGACGAGAGCAGCAGCAACGUCAACUUCUCAGCAGCAUUCUUUUCUCACCUGCCUACAACUCAAGGCAUACACUAUUCACAAAGGAACCACUCGCACGAUCUGUCGUUGCUGCUCGACAAGAGGCUGAGCCUGAAAUAAAACGAACCCGAUCUCAUAAGCCCCCACAACAACAACCCAAUGUUCCUGCUAAUCCCCAACGUGAUCCAUUGGAUGUCAGUUUCAAUGAUCCUAUCGCGGCAUUCAAGAGCAAAACAACAUGGGAGCUGAUACGCGCCUAUUUGGUGUACACCGUUUGUUCCAUUGAGCCCGUAGUGGAGAACAAUCUCAAGAUAAUGAAAAUUACACGCACCCUAAUAGGUGACCGGCUGUUUGCGUUGCUGAUGAAGCUAUCUUUUUAUGGACACUUUGUUGCGGGCGAAAAUAGACGUACUAUCGUGCCGACUCUGGAAAGGCUGCGUUCGUUUGGCGUGAAACCGAUUCUCGACUACUCUGUGGAGGAGGAUCUCUCUCAGGAAGAGGCUGAGAAGCGUGAAGUUGAGUCUUCAGUUUCCAGCGCUGGCGAUGUCAAAGAUGAUGGUACGAUAGCUCAAUACCAUGUGGAGAAGUCCUUCGCCGAUCGGCGUUACAAGGUGAGCAGCGCCCGAACUUAUUUCUACUUGAAUGAAGCUACUUGCGAACGUAAUAUGGAAAUAUUCAUAAAAUGCUUGGAAGCCGUUUCAGAUGAUGAUCAUAAAACUGUACCCCGACCCGUUGCUGAGGGCGCCACUUUUGGUACAGGCAUUACGGCUAUUAAGCUUACAGCGCUCGGACGGCCCCAGCUUUUGCUGCAAGUUUCAGAGGUGAUAAUGCGAACUCGCAAAUACAUGGAGGACCUAGUCGGUGGUCAGGGUAAUGUGCUGACUCAUCACAAGACCAUCAAAGAUCUGGAGAAGUAUUAUUCCAGUUUGGGUGACAAUAAAAACGUACAGGAUUUCUUGAAGAAUGUUACUUCGGACAAGGAAGGUAUUCUCCACUUAUUCCCCUGGUCUGGCAUUGUGGAUGAGGAUUCGCAGUUGAGUGACACUUUCCGUGUGCCAGACCCACAAACCGGACAAAUGCGUCGAUUGAUCUCACAGAUUCCGCCCAAAGAAGAGGAAAUGUUCAGGAAUAUGAUUCGCCGUGUCAAUACAAUUGUUAAGGCCGCUGCCGAUCUGGAUGUCCGCAUAAUGAUCGACGCUGAACAGACCUAUUUCCAACCUGCCAUUUCGCGCAUCACUCUAGAAAUGAUGCGCAAGUACAACAAGGAAAAGGCCAUCGUAUUCAACACUUAUCAAUGUUACCUGCGAGAAACCUUCGGAGAGGUGUGCACUGACUUGGAGCAAGCAAAACGCCAGAACUUCUACUUCGGCGCCAAAUUAGUGCGUGGUGCCUACAUGGAGCAAGAACGAGAGCGCGCUGCUAGCAUGAACUAUCCGGAUCCAAUCUGCGCCAAUUAUGAGGCCACCACAGAUAUGUACCACAAAACAUUGACUGAAUGUUUGCGAAGAAUAAAGUUAAUGAAGGACUGUGGGGAGGAUGCUAAGAAGAUUGGUAUUAUGGUGGCAUCUCACAACGAGGAUACCGUGCGCUUUGCCAUCGAAAGAAUGAAAGAAAUCGGAAUCUCGCCUGAAGAUAAAGUCAUCUGCUUUGGUCAAUUAUUGGGAAUGUGCGAUUAUAUCACCUUCCCGUUAGGUCAAGCUGGCUACUCUGCGUACAAGUACAUCCCCUACGGACCAGUCAAUGAAGUUUUGCCAUAUUUGUCACGACGAGCACAGGAGAAUAAGGGUGUCUUGAAGAAAAUUCAAAAGGAGAAACGUUUGCUACUUUCCGAAAUCCGACGUAGAUUCUUGACUGGCAAAAUAUUCUACAAGCCUAAGGGCAACUAUGUGCCCAUAUAAACUUGCCCCACUUAAAAGUCCAACACACAAAUCGAAAGCAAACUUACAUACACACACACUCAUACGACAAGCAUACAGAUAGAACAGAAAGGUGAAACCUACUAGAUACAAGAUAUGGGAAUCACCAGUCGCCGAAUCCGAAUGCAAUAAAUCGUUGCUGAAAAUCAAAAUGUGUAAAAUUUUAUUUAUACAAAUAAAUCCUUAACUGAAACACACAAUAAAUUGAUAUUACGAAAUAUUUGUAUUUAAAGUAAAUGUGAAACCACUGAUAUGAAAUGAUAAAAACUAGACUUACAUAACUAAAAAUUGUAACUAAUUUUCGAGAACAAAAACAACAUGACAUUUGAGGAUCGCUACUGGCUGGUUAACAGUACAUUUGGCACAUGUACACGCACAAGUGGGAGUUUAACUGUGUCUAAGACAGUCUUACAUACGGCAAUUGGUGGACCCCUGGAAAGAGCAGACACAGCUGCACUUCUGCACGUGUGUACGCACUGCAAAUGCGUAAUCCUCCAACGCUGCUCGACAAUUCAAAAAAAUCUCGUCAUUGCUUUAUUUUAAGUUGAUUUAUCUAGUUCGUGUAUUACAUAUAAGACAUACUUUGUGGUUGGCCUUUGGCUCGUUUUAUUUUUAAUAAACUAAGCUAGCGUAUGCGACAUACCUCUUAGCGCUGCAAGUGCUGCUCGUAUUAGUUCUAUUAUUUAAUGUUCAAGCACGGUAAAUCUAAGCACCUCUCCUACUCACUUGUAACGCAUUAUUUUAUUAUAUUUACGAUAUUGGAAAUGUUUCUGCUUCAAAUUUUAGUUUUACGAAUAUCUAGUUGAAUUGAAUGUAAUUUAGCUAAAUGUAAACAAUUCAAUUUUAUUUUAUUUCGAGAGAGUCUUUUAGAUCACUGAAACAGAUAGUUAGUAUAAUUUCUUGUUAAAAAUUAUAUGGUAGCUUAUUCGUUAAUUAUGUUUUUGGCUCCUAAAUGUAUGC